AUGGCUAGUUGUUAUGAAGCUGUUACUCAACAAGCAAGUGAAAUGCAAGCCAAUGUCAACAAAAUUGAUGCGAAAUCUGCUACUCGUAAUUCAAAGAUGGCCGGCUGAUCACGUGACACUGCUCACCACAGGCAACCCACCAAAACGGAAAAAGAGAGAAAAUUUUGGAAAUGCAGAAACAAGGGACACAUAUCUGAGGAUGAAUGUUGCCCAGCAAAGAAAGGGAGGUGUAGGAAGUGUGGUCACGUCGGACACUUUGCUAAAGUUUGCAGGAGCAAGAACAACUACCAGACAAAAGUCUUCAGUGUGGAAGAUAAUGAAAGCCUGGAUGACGAAAUCUUUGCAAUUGAGCUCUCCCUUGAAGACGAGCCGGAAGUGAAGCUUACCAUUGGAGGUCAAGAAGUUGACAUGUUAAUAGACUCUGGAGCUUCUUGCCAUGUAAUCGACCAUCAACUAUGGAAGCAACUCCAAUUGAAUGGAAUAAAAUGUGGAAGCCAGUCAGAAAACAGGUCCAUAUGGUCUUAUGCUACAGCGAGCAAAGUCCAAGUCGAAGCAAAGUUCUGGUCAAAGUUGAGAUGGACACAGAAGUCGAAUCAGGAAGUA